UGCUCCAGAGAGCCCUUCCCACAGCCGUCAGCCACGGGGCUGCACGGAGGGGACAGGAAUGCUGCCACCCGGGCGGGCUGGGGCAUGAGACCCUCUGCACGGUGGGCGAGGAGGGGGGGUUGGGACACCUCCCGGCUGGCCUGGGGGCUCAGCGUGGCUCGGGGAGCCCUGAGCACGCAGCCCUAGUCCUGGAAGGGUGGGCGCCUGUUCCCCGGGAGAGCUGCCGCCGGGCAGGGGACCUCAGUGGCCCCUUCGCCAUCAAGUUCCCCUCCUGAGCGGCCGGGUGGCCACCGAGCAAGCGUGGACGGGGACAUCUUCCUCGCCGUGCCCAGGCUAUGCGCCAGAGGAGGUGGUCCUGGCUGCCGUGGAUGCUGAGCAGCAGGGCGGAGGCAAGAUGGGGGGCAAGGGCAGGGAGCAGGGGUCCUGAGCUGCUGCUCAUGUGGAGCCUCUAGGCAGCUGCAGCCUCCAGGUCUGACCCCCGUGACUGGGACAUGCUGGGGAUUUUCUGACCUCUGCCAGAUUCAGGACACGCUCCAAGGACAUGGGACUCCAGGUUUAUCUUCUGCUUCUCCUCCCACGGCUGGCAGGGGCCAUCCUGGACAUCACCCUGAUCGCCAACGUGCAGAGCCUGUCCCACUCCGACUUCUUCCUCUCCUGUGUCAUGGGGGAGCGCGACGUGAGCUAUCUGCAGAUCGAGCGGGAGAACAAGAUCGUGAUGACACACCCCAAGACGGGCUUCCAAAACUACCGCAACCGCAGCAACCAUGUCCAGGCCAGGGGCUUCUCCAUGGCUGACCUGGUGGGGAUCCUCUACUGCCUGGGCCGCACCCCGACCGAGCAGGCCCAGGUGGUCUACGUGCACAACAGCCACAACGCCCACCUCUUCCCAGUGAAGGCCACACAGUCUGUGAACAUCGCCGAGCCGGCCACCUUCUCUGCCAGGGUCCUCAAGAGGAAGGAGACGGACGUUAUGUGGAAAAGAAAUGGCACCUACUACCAGACCACGGACCGGAGCGAGGUGCGGGGUGACCUUGUCACCCUGACACUCCCCAAUGUCAGCGUGAGCGAAAAUGGCGUCUACAGUGCCACAUUCAUGGGGGACAGCCCUCUGUGGAGUGCCUUCUACCGCCUGAUCGUGAGAGCCUGCCCUGCAAAGAAAUGGGGACCGUCCUGUGAGAAGGACUGUCCUGACUGUCUGAAUGGCGGCGUCUGCCACGACCAUGUUGGCGAAUGUGUCUGCCCUCCCGGGUUCAUGGGCACCCGCUGCGAGCGAGCCUGCCGGGAAGGCCAGUUUGGCCGCAACUGCCAGGAGACGUGCCAGAGAGCCCAGGGCUGCAGGGGGCUGAGCUUCUGCCUGCCGGACCCCUACGGCUGCUCCUGCGCCUCGGGCUGGACUGGCUCCCGCUGCAGCCAAGCCUGUCCCCCAGGAUACUAUGGCCCCGACUGCGCCCUGGGGUGCGCCUGCCGAAAUGGAGGCAGCUGUAACCGCUUCAGCGGCUGUGUCUGUCCAGCGGGCUGGCAUGGGCAGCACUGUGAGAAGUCAGACCGGUUCCCCCAGAUCAUCCAACUGGCCUCGGAGCUGGAGUUCAACCUGGGCUCAGAGCCCAUAGUCAGCUGCGUGGCUACCGGCAACCCACUGCCCGCCAGCGACAGUGUGGAGCUGCGCAAGGCUGACGGGACUGUGCUCAAGCUUAUCAAAGCCAUUAUCGAGCCAGGGCAGAUCACCUGCGAGUUUCAGGUGCAGCGCCUGACGAAGGCAGACACAGGGCUCUGGGAGUGCCGGGUCUCUACGACUGGGGGCCAGGACAGCCGGAAAGUCAAGGUCAAUAUCCGAGUGCCACCAGCACCCCUGAGCCCCCCCCGGCUGCUGGCCAAGCAAAGCCGCCAGCUCGUGGUGUCGCCCGUGGACUGCUUCUCUGGUGAUGGACCCAUCAUCUCCAUCAAGCUGCUCUACAAGCCCAAGGAUGACACCUCAGCAUGGUCAUCCAUUGUGGUCGACAACAGCGAGAACAUCACGCUCAUGAACCUCCGGCCGGUGACCGCCUACAUCGUCAAGGUGCAGCUGAGCCGUCCAGGGGAUGGUGGGGAGGGCAGCAAGGGGCCUGAGGCUGUCAUGGUGACCGAGUGCCUUGAGCCCACAGUCAAGCCUGUGAUCGAAGGUUGGUCCAUAGAGGAGAAAAACACCCUUCACGUCAACUGGAAAUUGCCAAGUAACCACGAGCCAGCACACGGCUUCAUCGUCCACCUCUUUGACUCCGCAAGGCGGCUGGUCUGUGAGAAAAAUAUCACAUCCAUCUCUGUGCUCUCUGCCCGCAUUGGGGACCUGGAGUUCAACAAGGAGUACGGGCUGGAGGUGCUGGUGUACCACUGUGCCAGCCUGGGGCCCCCCUCCGACCUCUACAAGGUCAUGAUCAACAGCAAAGGGCCCUCCUCCCCACGGUUGCUCUCAGCAGAGUCCGUGUCCGACACCGCCGUCAGGCUCUCCUGGCAGGUCCCCGAGUACCCCAACGGGGGCAUCACCAAGUACAUCGUGGAGCUGCAGCAGGUGGGGGGCACCAGCGAGCCCCAGUGGAUUGACACCGACAGUGGCGCCGAGACGACCAAGAUCGUCGGGGGCCUCAACGCCAGCACCAGCUACCAGUUUCGCGUCCGUGCCAACUCCCAUGUCCCAGGGGAAUGGAGCCAGCCCGUGAAAGCCAAAACCCUGGGGGAUGGAGCGCUGAGCGUGCCGCCCAGCCUGGGCAGCCAGAGCACCGAGCAGGCGGGAAUAGACCAGCAGCUGCUCUUGGCCAUCGUUGGCUCCGUGUCCGUCACCUGCCUCACCAUCCUCUUUGCCCUUCUGGCACUUUUCCUCAUCAAGAAGAAUUUUUUCCACCGGCGCCGCACCUUUACAUACCAGUCUGGCUCGGUGAGUGCCGCCUGCCCUGCCAGGACCGUAUCCCCAGCUCCCCACGUCCCAGCCCGAUCCAGGUCACGCUCCGUAGCCUCCAGUCCGGAUGCAGCCAGACCUCACUUCCACACGGAGAGGGGGGAAGAGACCAUCCUGCAGUUCAACUCGGGGACCCUGACCCUGACACGCCGGCCUAAGCCACAGCCUGAGCCCCUCAGCUACCCCAUCCUGGAGUGGGAAGACAUCAAGUUUGAGGACAUGAUCGGGGAGGGCAACUUUGGGCAGGUCAUCAGGGCCAUGAUCAAAAAGGAUGGCCUGAAAAUGAAUGCAGCCAUCAAGAUGCUGAAAGAGUUUGCCUCAGAGAACGACCAUCGUGACUUUGCCGGGGAGCUGGAGGUGCUGUGCAAAUUGGGCCAUCACCCCAACAUCAUCAACUUGCUGGGUGCCUGCGAGAACAAGGGCUACUUGUACAUCGCCAUUGAGUAUGCUCCCUAUGGAAACCUCCUCGACUUCCUCCGCAAAAGCCGAGUCUUGGAGACAGACCCAGCCUUUGCCAAGGAGCACGGCACCGCCUCCACCCUCACCUCCCAGCAGCUCCUCCAGUUUGCUUCAGAUGUGGCCAAGGGGAUGCAGUACCUGAGUGAGAAGCAGUUCAUCCACAGGGACCUGGCAGCCAGGAAUAUCCUGGUGGGAGAAAACCUGGCCUCCAAGAUUGCCGACUUUGGCCUUUCCAGAGGGGAGGAGGUCUAUGUGAAGAAGACGAUGGGCCGCUUGCCAGUUCGGUGGAUGGCCAUCGAGUCCCUGAACUACAGCGUGUACACCACCAAGAGCGAUGUGUGGUCAUUCGGUGUCCUGCUCUGGGAGAUCGUCAGCUUGGGGGGUACGCCGUACUGCGGGAUGACAUGUGCCGAGCUCUAUGAGAAGCUGCCCCAGGGCUACCGCAUGGAGAAGCCACGCAACUGUGACGACGAGGUGUACGAGCUGAUGCGGCAGUGCUGGCGCGACCGCCCCUACGAGCGCCCACCCUUCGCCCAGAUCUCCAUGCAGCUCAUCCGCAUGCUGGAGGCCAGGAAGGCCUACGUGAACAUGGCCCUGUUCGAGAACUUCACCUACGCGGGGAUCGAUGCCACUGCCGAGGAGGCAUGAGGCUGCGCUGGCACCGUGCAGAGGGGCAACGCUGGCCCCAGCCUGCUGGGACAGUGCUGUGGGGACGAGGGGCUGCCCGUCCCCCUCCAGGGCCGAGUGGCCAGACGCCGGUGCCCCUUCCCAAGAGUGCCUUCCCCGCAGCAGGACUGUGCCAUCCCCUCCCUGGCUGCCCACCCAGCGUGUACUGGCCAUGCUGGCACAUCACUGACUAUCGACACGGCCCCAUGCUGCUGGGGGACAUGCUGGGAUGGCCCCCAAGGACAAGCAGCAGCGGAGUGCAGCAGAGCGGGCAGGAGAGGGGCUCUCUCAGGAGCUAGGGUGCUGCCACCUGAGCCCAUGGACACAAAUACCCAAGCUUUGGGGCGAGAGGGGAAGCAGCGAGCCGGCAGCUGCCUGCCCUGCAGCUCUCAGCGUGCUCUGGACCUGAAGCGGUGCCAGCGGGGCUGUGAGCAUCACUGCCGGCGCGGGACAGGGCCACCCCGGAGGUGCAAACGGACAAGGGACAGUGUUGGCUGUGCACAGCCUCCAGCUCUGCAGUAACCUUUUGGAGGUGCCAGCCCUGCCUUACAGACAAUAAACGUAGUGCAACAGGCAGCUGGGUCCGGAGGAGGGGAGGUGGGGACCCAGCUCCGCCUCCCUGAUGGCACGGGGAACAGGAUGGGGGCCUCGAUGGUCUGCUGCUGUGGUGGGCACUCCUUGGGAUCCUGUCCCCAUCGGGGUCCUUUGAUGAUCCCCAGGGAUGCCCCAGUGCCCCCAGACAAGCCCCAAGUCUUAUCAUGCCAUGGGGAUGGGUUUUCUUAAUAUCCAAUUGGAAUCUGCCCCCUGCAGUUUAAGACUUUGUCCUGUCCCUAAGGGAUACGGAGAACAGACUAUGUCCUUCCUUCACACAGCCACCUCUCGCAUGCUUGAAAACUGUUCCUGCAGCUUCCCCUCAGUUGGCCGCUCCUCUGGGGAUGGCCCCGCUACUCUGGCCGGUCCCUGUGGGGCUGUGCAGCUCCGCACCCUUCCCACCCUGGCCAGCCGGCGCCCACCCAGCACUGUGCUGAGCCAUCGGGUAACUUCCCACGUCUUGCACAGGGACCAUCAUGGUCGACCAGCCUGCUUGAACACAUGCCAUUGGGGUGAUUCUCUUUCGCAUGCCGGUCCCUCAAAGAUUGCCUGGGCUUUGCGCUGACCCUCCCAUGGGAGCUCCUGCCCCACGCUGUGGUCCCUCAUCCUGCACUGCUGCUGUUUGUUAUGCUGACAGUGGGUGGGCUUCAUCUCUGUUGGCCUCAGCUUGCUAAGCCCUUGGCGUACCAUCCAGCUGCCCAUCUAGCCAUCUUCCACAGUCCGCGGGAAGCAAGGGCUGCUGCUCUGGAGCCCAGUAUCCCAGCUGAAGGCAGGGGCAUUUGCAUUUGCCCUUCUGGGCAAGAGUCAUUUUUCCCCAGAAGGUGUUUCAACCCUGUCAAUACCAUUUUGAUUUCCCA